GUGACUACCAAGCGCAAACUGCAGUCUCACUCCUCCCCCUCUGUCUCUUUUUCCUGCUCUCUUUCCCACCUCUUGUCUCCGUCUUGCACUUGUUCUCGCUGCAGCUUAUCCAACCCCCACUCCUCUGCCUCCACUCGGACCGUUUCCCCGUCUCCUCCUCACUCCCGCUCCUGUGUCUUUCUCGUCCCUCUCUUGUCGCUGCUCCUCGACCCGCCUCACCCUGCAUCCAUCCCUCCCUACUUACCACCAUCUACUCCCUCCUCCUUCAAUCUUCAGACCUGCCCAGCGCACGCUCACACAUAGCAUAACACAUUACCGUCCUGCGUGGGGAAAACAUGUCAGCUGUUCUGGACCUGGACCAGAUUGCAUGCUCUGGGAAUGAAGUGGAGCAUGACAUCGAGACCCCCCACGGCGUUCUUCACGUGACGAUGAGAGGCGUCCCCAAGGGCAACAGACCCGUCAUCCUCACCUACCACGACAUCGGCCUCAACCACAAAUCGUGCUUCAACACCCUGUUCAACUACGAGGACAUGCAGGAGAUCACGCAGCACUUUGCAGUGGUCCACGUGGACGCACCGGGCCAGCAGGAGGGUGCCCCUCCCUUCCCAAGCGGCUACCGCUACCCCACUAUGGACGAGCUGGCUGAAAUGCUGCCCUCUGUGAUGACUCAGCUCAAGGUUAACAGUGUGAUUGGUAUCGGCGUGGGAGCGGGAGCUUACAUCCUCAGCCGCUUUGCACUGAACAACCCCACCCUGGUGGAGGGGCUGGUUCUGAUCAACGUCGACCCAUGUGCUGAAGGGUGGAUUGACUGGGCAGCUUCCAAGCUGUCUGGAUGGACCAGUAAUUUGGUGGAUAUUGUCAUGGCUCACCACUUCAGCACUGAUGAGCUCACAGAGAACCAGGAGCUGAUCCAGACCUACCGUCUUCACAUUGCCCAAGACAUUAACCAGGACAACCUGGCCCUCUUCUGUGGCUCCUACCAAUAUCGUCGGGACCUGGAGAUCGAGCGGCCAAUUGUGGGUCUGAAUGAGGACACAGUCAACACACUGACGUGCCCUGCUUUGCUGGUGGUCGGUGACACGUCGCCCGCUGUGGAUGCAGUGGUGGAGUGCAAUUCCAGGUUAAAUCCAACCAAGACCACCCUGCUAAAGAUGGCUGAUUGUGGAGGUUUGCCCCAGGUUGUGCAGCCAGGGAAGCUCGCUGAGGCCUUCAAGUACUUUGUUCAGGGGAUGGGCUACAUUCCCUACGUUCUCCUCAGUCACCUGAGCAACGAAUCAGUGCCGUCAGCAGGGAUGACUCGCCUGACUCGCUCGCGCACCACCUCCUCCUCCAGCAUCACCUCCAUGGACAGCAGCCGCAGCCGUGGCAACCUGAACAGCCUGCUGGAGGGCAGCGCCACCGGGGUCCUGGACGGCCAGGCCAGACCCCAGACCAUGGAGGUCUCCUGCUAAGCCCCACCCCACCCUCUGCCGCCCUCCCUUAUAGUAACUUAUGUGCCCUUUGCCCCUCUUUUUCUGCUACUGAACACCAGUAUUGUAAUGUAGUUCUGUAACGAACUAUGUGGUUAGAAAGGAGGAUGUAAUAAAUAUAUUAACAGAUGCAUAUUAUCAAAUAUUAUAUUGAAGUCACAUUCCUACCAGAAACCAUAACUACGUUCACAAGUUCAAACAAUAUUAUUGACUUUCAUCCAAUCUCACCCUUGUGUAUUUAUUUUUUUUCAUCUCAUACUUGGUUUUAAAUGUGUUCUCACCCACUGUACGAAUCCUUUCAUUUUUAGAUUAAUUUAGUUGAACUGUUUUUACAGUAUUAACUCAUUCUGACCUCGACAUGGACGUCGAUUGUGAGUCACUGUGUUUUUUGUCUAGUUUUUGUUGUCCACCUUGCUGCAGUGCAACUUGUGUGUGUAGAGAAAACACUUAUUACUGUAGCUGCAGAAGUAGGAUCGCAUCGAGAUUAAAACGUGAUGCAGCACACAGACAAAUCACUGCACAUUGUAGCACACUGUAAUAAACUAAAUGAAUGCAGUGCUUCUUUUGUAGCGCUGCAGCGAGCGCCAGUGGGUUAACUGUCCCUCCACAUUUGUCCUGUUUGGUUUCUUUUUAUAAUUGAACUCACCGUCUCCUCUUUGUUUCUGCUCUGUGUCGAUGUUGUUGCUCAGCGUGAUGGAUUCUGAUGUGAAAAGUGUGGAGCCCUUGUCUUUGAAGGGCUCGGUGGUGCUUCUCACGGUCUGCUGAUGCAACUCAUUUCUAUUACUACUGAAUAAAGCUACAACAUGGGAA